ACUCAUACACAUUUUUUCCUCCCAUCAUCACUAAUUCACUAGUCACGCCCACACAAUAUAAGAAAAAAGAAUAAGAAGAAGGAAGAUAUCAUAUUAUAGAGAGAGAAAGAGAAGAAGGUACGCCAGUGGCAAAACCGUAAAUAAAAGAUGUCGAAAGAUUGCGGCAACCACGGCGGAGGCAAAGAAGUAGCCGUCCGGCGAAUCUGCGGCGCCGUAAUCGCCUUCAUCAUAAUAGUCCUAAUCACAAUCUUCCUAGUUUGGGUCAUACUCAGGCCCACAAAGCCCAGAUUCAUCCUCCAAGACGCCACCGUCUUCGCCUUCAACCUCUCGCAACCAAACCUCCUCACCUCAAACUUCCAAAUCACGUUCGCAUCUCGAAACCCAAACUCCAAGAUCGGAAUCUACUACGACCGUCUCCACGUCUACGCUACUUACCGGAACCAGCAGAUAACUCUCCGGACGGCGAUUCCUCCGACGUAUCAAGGCCACAAAGAAGACAACGUUUGGUCUCCGUUUGUUUACGGAACCUCCGUUCCGAUCGCUCCGUACAACUCCGUCGCUUUGGGAGACGAGCAAGGACGUGGAUUUGUUCAGUUGAUGAUACGCGCCGAUGGGCGCGUGAGGUGGAAAGUGGGGACUUUGAUCACCGGAAAAUAUCAUCUCCAUGUUCGGUGUCCGGCUUUCAUUAAUCUUGGAAACAAAGCUGCUGGUGUUCUUGUCGGUGAUAACGCCGUUAAGUAUACGUUGGUUACUAAAUGCAGUGUGAACGUUUAGAACGUUGACGCCGUUAAGUUGUUUUUUUUUUUUAAUUUAUAAUCAUAUCAUUUUCUCUUUUUAAAGAAAGAAAUAACCAAACUUCUUCUUCCACCAGCAGGAUAAUGUUUCUGUUUCACCACCUUUGGUUGUUAUUAAGCUUAUUGUUGAUUACAGAAUCAUUAUUACAAUCGGAAUUGAAUGUAAAGCCACUAAAGUUGAAAAUAAAUGGAGGAUUGGGUCUGGCUCUUUUCUUU